GCAGCAGAGGGCCUGGCCCGGGCGACUAGAGUUGUGGCCUCGGUCCCGCCGAGGACCCAGCGUCCGGGGCGGGCUGGAUCGGGCCCUGUGCACCAGGGCCCGGGAGGAGCGGCCUGGGGUCUGGGCGUCUGGUGGGCGGCUGGGACCUGGCUCCCUGCAGAACCGCCGCGCAUCUCUUUUUCUCAUCGUCUCAUCAUUGGGCCCAGAGGAUCCUCUGGGCGUGGGGGCGCCCGCAGCCCCUGACGGAACGUCCUGCCGCCUUCUCCCCGCCGCCCUGGAGCCCAGGCCGCUGUCCAGCACCCCCGCCCUCAAAUGGGGCCGCGGGAGGGCGUAUGGCGCUAGGGGACCUGGCGCGCCUGGACUUGGCCGCCGCUGCUCUGGGGGCAAGUGAGCGGUACGGUGAGGGCUGGCGACAUCUGUCCAGGCGUUGAACGUAGCUCCUGGACCAGUCACCAAGGAUUUUGUAUCCAAGGUCCAAAAGUUUGUUACCCAAGAUGAUGAAUGCUGACAUGGAUGCAGUUGAUGCUGAAAAUCAGGUGGAACUGGAGGAAAAAACACGACUUAUUAAUCAAGUGUUGGAACUCCAACAUACACUUGAAGACCUCUCUGCAAGGGUAGAUGCAGUGAAGGAAGAAAAUCUGAAGCUAAAAUCAGAAAACCAAGUUCUUGGACAAUAUAUAGAAAACCUCAUGUCAGCUUCUAGUGUUUUUCAAACAACUGACACAAAAAGCAAAAGAAAGUAAGAGAUCAAUAUCCUUUCUGUUAUGGAUUGCUGCUGAUCUUUUUUUAAAAAAACUUGGAUAGAUUCCAGAAGUUAUAGUACUUUUGUUUGUGGCUUCAUUGAAUAUUUAUGAAGAUAAUGUCAUAUCUAGGCAAAAUUAAGAGCAUAACAGACUUCCGUGAGUUUGUGUAUUAUGUUAGUCUAUGAAAAUGUAGAGACUUUAUAAUUAGAAAUGCAUAUAUUUAUGAAACUUGAUGUCUUAUCAGAUUUAGGUUCAGCACUGUCUUUUAUUAUAUAGUAGGAGAUACAAGAAAAUAACCAUGUUGUGAAAAGUGACCAAAAUCAUGUACUGAAUACACAGCUUUAUGUACCCUGUCUACCAUCUUGUGCCUCUUCUUCAUUUGCUUCUUCCUUCCCAUUUCCCUUAUCCUGAAGGAAAAACUGGUUUCACAUUUGUAAGAGCAAUUUUAGUAGUUAAUCAUUUAUGAGAGUAACCUGAACAGUAUUGUUGAAACUUAACCAAAAGUUAGGGCUUGUUAUUUAUUAUACAGCCACCCGUCCACAAAAUGACAUUUCAGUCCAUGACAGACUGAAGAUACAACAGGUAUAUACCAUGUAGCCUAGGUGUGUGUAGUGGGCUAUACCAUCUAGGUUGGUGUAAGUGCACUCUGUGACGUUUGCACAACAAAAUUCCCCAGUGAUGCUUUUCUCAGAACAUAUCCCUGUCAUUAAGCAGUGCAUGACUGUAUUUAAUACUGGGAUUUAGGUAGGAUUGUUGGUUUUCUUUUUUUUUUCUUCUUUUUUUUAAAUUCACAGUUUUUUGGGUUUUUUUUAAAUAUAUUUUAUUGAUUUUUUUACAGAGAGGAAGGGAGAGAGAUAGAGAGCCAGAAACAUC